ACGAUGGUUGUCCAGAAGUAAUAAAAAGACUACCUACAAGUGAUCAAAGUGAUAUGGCCGCGCCCAAACGAAGAAAUUUAGGGGAUGUUAUAAAAAAUAUGACUGCUAAUAACAAAGUUUUUCUUGGAGACCCUGAUUUAACCAAGCUAUGGAAUUUAAAGCCAGAUAAUUUAGAAGCUUGCAAAGGACCCGAACGAGAUUUUGUACCAUCAUUUGAUUCAUUUUUCCAGGAAGCAUUUGAACAAUUGGAUGCAAAAUUGUGUAUUGAAAGUCAAAACAAAAAAGUAAAUGAUGUAAACUUUAGAUGGCGUGCACUAAGACUAUUAUCUCGUAAAAGUCCACAUUUUUUUACCAAAAGCGAUGAUCCUAUUCAAAAAUUAUCUGAAUAUUUAGAAAAUAUUGUUAAAAAAACAAUGACGGACGGAAAUUCUGAAUCAAUUUUAAUUUUGUUGAAUUGA